AUGGAGAAGAAAGAGAUCAUCUUUGUUCCAUCUCCGGGCCCUGGUCACCUUCUUGUCUCCAUUGAAUUCGCUAAAACUCUCUUAAAACGUGACCAUCGCAUCCACAAAAUCACCAUCCUCCAUUGGACAUUACCUCUAGCUCCUCAAGCCAACCUCUUCGCUAAAUCUCUCGUCGCUUCUACCCCUCAAAUCCAUCUCCAUGCCUUGCCUGAAAUCCAAAACCCUCCACCAUUGGAGCUCUUCUUUAAAGCUUCAGAAGCUUACCUUCUUGAAUUCACCAAGAAAACAGUUCCUCUCGUCAGAGACGCUCUCUCCACUCUAGUGUCUCCUCGAGUCGCUGGUUUGGUUCUUGAUUUCUUCUGUGUUCCUUUGAUCGAAGUAGGAAAUGAAUUUAACCUCCCUUCUUACAUUUUCUUAACAUGUAACGCUGGUUUCUUGAGUAUGAUGAAGUAUCUCCCUGAGAGACAUCGCAUAAACGCCUCCGAGCUCGAUUUGAGCUCCGGCGACGAGGAACAUGCAAUUCCCGGUUACGUCUGCUCCGUUCCGACGAAUGUUAUGCCUCCGGGUCUAUUCGUGAGAGAGUCCUACGAAGCUUGGGUCGAGAUGGCGGAGAAGUUCCCUGAAGCCAAGGGCAUUUUGGUCAAUUCCUUCAUAUGUCUUGAGCAGACCGCAUUUGAUUACUUCGCUCGUCGUCCUCAGAACUACCCGCCGGUUUACCCAGUCGGACCGGUUCUUAGCUUGGAGGAUCGUCCGUCUCCGGAUCUGGACUUGUCGGAUCGUGACCGGAUCAUGAGAUGGCUCGAGGACCAACCGGAGUCUUCAAUCGUGUACAUAUGCUUCGGGAGCUUGGGGAUCCUGGAAGCACCGCAGAUUAAGGAGAUAGCUAAAGCCCUAGAUCUCACCGGCCACAGGUUUCUUUGGUCGAUUCGGACAAAUCCGACGGAGAAAUCGACUUGUCCGUACGAUCUCUUGCCGGAAGAUUUUAUCGAUCGGACGGCGAAGAGAGGAUUGGUUUGCGGGUGGGCCCCACAGGUUGAAGUGCUUCCUCACAAAGCGAUUGGUGGGUUCGUGUCUCACUGCGGUUGGAACUCUACCCUUGAGAGUUUGUGGUUUGGCGUACCGAUCGCCACGUGGCCAAUGUACGCCGAGCAACAGCUAAACGCGUUCACGAUGGUGAAGGAGUUGGGACUAGCCGUUGAGCUGCGUCUUGAUUACGUCUCAGCCUACGGAGAGAUAGUGGAAGCUGAGGAGAUAGCCAGAGCUAUACGAUCUCUGAUGGACGGUGAAGAUACGCCGAGGAAAAAAGUCAAGGAGAUGGCUGAAGCGGCGAGGAAGGCUUUGAUUGACGGAGGAUCUUCGUUUGUUGCGGUGAAUCGGUUCCUCGAUGAGUUGAUCGGCGGGGAGUUUUAG